CAAAAAUCAGAAGUUAGACUCAGCGUCUGCCCCUGGAGAGUAAAGUACACAAGGGCAGAAAGUCUGGUCGAAAAAACAAACAACUGAGAGGGAGCGCAAGAAAGAAGAGAGGAGUGACAGCUGUUGGACGGAGAAGGAAGGAGAGAGAGGAGCAGCAGACCACAGAGGGAGGGAGAGGAGGGAGGAGAAGAUAAGAGUGGGACAAACAGGAGACACUGAGAGGAAGCACAUGGUGUAAAAAUGCCCACCAACUUUACCGUGGUCCCAGUGAAGGACAGCGAAAGAAAGGCAAAAGAGGCGGCUGAGGAUGAUGAUGUGGAUGACAACAAUGUUCUGAAAGAGGAAGAUGAGGAUGCCACAGGUGAUGGUGUCCCGAAGGAAAACAGUCCCUUUAUCAACAACACAGACGACAAAGGCAACAGCUACGAUGGCACCAACAUGGCCCUUUUUGAGGAGGAGAUGGACAGCAACCCCAUGGUGUCAUCUCUACUCAACAAACUUGCAAACUACACCAACCUCACCCAGGGGGCCCAGGAGCAUGAGGAGGCUGAUGACGACGAGGGGUCCAAAAAGAAAACUGUCAAGAGCCCUCAGAUGGGAACCUUUAUGGGUGUCUACCUCCCCUGCCUCCAGAAUAUUUUGGGUGUCAUCCUGUUUCUGCGACUUACCUGGAUAGUUGGUACUGCUGGCAUCCUGGAGUCACUGGCUAUUGUCUGCUUGUGCUGCUCUUGUACAAUGCUGACCGCUAUAUCCAUGAGUGCAAUUGCUACUAAUGGUGUUGUGCCAGCUGGAGGCUCGUACUACAUGAUCUCCAGAUCUCUGGGCCCUGAGUUUGGUGGAGCUGUGGGUCUCUGCUUCUAUCUGGGCACCACCUUUGCUGGCUCCAUGUACAUCCUGGGUACCAUAGAGAUUCUACUGACCUACAUUGUGCCUAAAGCAGCCAUCUUUGUGGCAGAGAAAAAGGAGGAUGAGGUGGAUGCCCUGCUUAAUAACAUGCGUGUUUAUGGCACAUGCUGCCUAGCGCUCAUGGCCAUAGUCGUCUUUGUAGGAGUAAAAUAUGUCAACAAACUUGCUCUAGUCUUCCUGGCCUGUGUCAUUCUCUCCAUCCUUGCCAUCUAUGCUGGAGUCAUUAAGACCAUCUUUGAGCCACCAGACUUCCCUGUCUGCAUGUUGGGGAAUCGCACUCUGCAGAAUCACAACUUUGACGUUUGUUUGAAAACGGACAUUGUCGACAAUGUGACAGUCACUACCAAGCUGUGGGAGCUGUUCUGUGAAGGACCUGAGCUCAACGCCACCUGCAAUGACUACUUUGCCAACAACAAUGUGACGUUGAUACAGGGCAUCCCCGGACUGAAGAGCGGAGUCAUUUCAGAAAACAUGUGGUCAGAGUACGGUCCAAUAGGCACUAAAGUAGAGUCCAAAAAGUUGGAAUCUAUUGAUGAAGGUGACUCUUCUCGGGACAUCUACAUGCCCUAUGUCGUCAAUGACAUUACCACAUUCUUCACUCUCCUGGUCGGCAUCUACUUCCCGUCUGUCACUGGUAUCAUGGCUGGUUCAAACCGGUCAGGUGACUUGCGGGAUGCCCAGAAGUCCAUCCCCAUCGGCACCAUUCUGGCUAUCGCUACCACCUCCUUCAUCUACGUCACCUGUGUGGUUCUGUUUGGUGCCUGCAUUGAAGGAGUUCUGCUUCGAGACAAAUUUGGUGAUUCGGUUAAAGGAAACCUUGUGAUAGGCACGCUGUCGUGGCCCUCACCCUGGGUUAUUGUAAUUGGCUCAUUCUUCUCCUGUUGCGGGGCGGGGCUACAGAGUUUGACCGGGGCCCCUCGACUGUUGCAGGCCAUUGCACGAGAUGGCAUCGUACCUUUCUUACAGGUGUUUGGUCACGGGAAAGCUAACGGAGAACCUACCUGGGCUCUGCUGCUGACUGCUGGGAUCUGUGAGAUCGGCAUUCUCAUUGCCUCCCUGGACGCCGUGGCUCCAAUUCUCUCCAUGUUUUUCCUCAUGUGUUACUUAUUUGUCAACCUGGCCUGUGCGGUUCAGACCCUGCUGCGGACACCUAACUGGAGACCACGCUUUAAAUACUAUCACUGGGCCCUGUCCUUUUUGGGGAUGAGCUUGUGUCUCGCUCUCAUGUUCAUCUCCUCGUGGCAUUAUGCUAUAGUGGCCAUGGCCAUCGCAGGCUGCAUCUACAAAUACAUUGAAUACAGAGGGGCAGAGAAGGAGUGGGGUGAUGGCAUCCGCGGCUUGUCUCUUAAUGCAGCACGCUACGCCCUUAUUCGUCUUGAAGAGGCUCCACCGCACACAAAAAACUGGAGGCCUCAGUUGUUGGUCCUCCUGAACCUGGACUCAGAUCAAGUUGUCAAACACCCUCGUAUGCUGUCCUUCACCACUCAGCUGAAGGCAGGGAAAGGCCUGACGAUCGUGGGAAAUGUGUUAGAGGGAACAUAUCUCACCAAAGAGGCAGAGGCAAAAAGGGCUGAGCAGAACAUCAAGUCUUCUAUGUCAGCAGAGCGAACAAAAGGUUUCUGUCAUGUCGUUGUGUCUUCAAACGUCAGAGAUGGCUUUUCCCACCUAAUCCAGUCUGCAGGGCUUGGGGGCAUGAAACACAACUCAGUCUUGAUGGCCUGGCCUGGGACAUGGAGGCAGUCCAAUGACCCACAGUCUUGGAAGAAUUUCAUAGAGACGGUGCGGGAGACCACAGCUGCACAUCAGGCCCUGCUUGUGGCAAAGAAUAUCGACAGUUUCCCCACCAACCAGGACCGUUUGGGUGAGGGCACCAUUGACGUGUGGUGGGUGGUUCAUGACGGAGGCAUGCUGAUGCUUCUUCCCUUCCUGCUGCGACAGCACAAGGUUUGGAGGAAGUGCAAGAUGCGCAUCUUUACCGUGGCUCAGAUGGAUGACAACAGCAUUCAGAUGAAGAAAGAUCUCCAGAUGUUCCUUUACCACCUGCGACUGGAUGCAGAAGUGGAAGUGGUGGAGAUGCAUGAUAAUGACAUCUCAGCCUUCACCUACGAGAAGACACUGAUGAUGGAGCAGAGGUCUCAGAUGCUGAAACAGAUGCAACUAUCCAGAACUGAAAGGGAGAGAGAGAUUCAGAGUAUCACUGAUGAAUCGCGUAGCUCGAUCCGGAGGAAGAACCAGGAUGCUGCACAGGGCACCAACCUCAGCCGGCAGUCCUCACAGAGGGAGGACAAUCAGGAGGAUGAGGCCCAGCUCAUCCAUGAUAGAAACACAGCAUCUCACGCUACUGUAAAUGACAAGGCCGGCACUGGACCCGAUCGGGUUCACAUGACCUGGACAAAAGACAAGCUCUUCACGGAGCGUAACCGUAGCCGGGAGUGCAACGCAAAUGCGGCUGUGCGAGACUUGUUUAACAUGAAACCAGAGUGGGAGAGUCUGAACCAGUCAAAUGUCCGUCGGAUGCACACAGCUGUCAAGCUGAACGAGGUGGUGGUGAACAAGUCACAGGGAGCUCACCUGGUUCUGCUCAACAUGCCAGGACCACCCAAGAACAGAGGAGGAGACGAGAACUACAUGGAGUUCCUUGAAGUUCUCCUUGAGGGCCUGAACCGGGUCCUUCUGGUGCGAGGCGGUGGACGUGAAGUCAUCACCAUCUACUCUUAAACAUAAAAAAAACUCUCACACCCCACCCUGCACUCAUGGGCUCUUGCCAUUGACUGGUCGACGGGCAUUUUUUUUUCUGGAAAGAAGCCUGAUUUGGGUUGUUUUUUUUUAAACAAUGGGCAGGGAUUGUUGGAAGGCGGGACCACUUGUGAUUGACAGCUGGUCUUGACGGACCUCGGGAAGAAGGAAACAAUUAGCAUUGAAUGGCUGAGAGUACGAGCGCAGCGUGUCUCCACCCUGGGCCACCGUACCCCUGCAAACGGAAGAUAGAGCAUAGAGACACUUUAUAUUGUUCAUUUAAAAUGUUCUGUUCUGUUACAUUUCAUAUUCUUUCCUUCUUGUGUCGAUGUUGUCACGUUACUGAUGCUCACUGUGUAAUGAUAAGCAAAGAAGUGAACAUGUGCUGUUGAUUUAAACCAUGUAGUCAUUUCAUGUUUUCCAAUGUCCUCAACUCUGGACCUAAAAAAAAGAAAAAAAGCGCAGAGAGGACACACAGUACAAGUUUUACUUAAAGUUUGGGGAUCUCUGCGUUUUGGAUCACCAUUUGAACUUAAUGCUUUCAUUUUCAAAACCUGAACUACAGACAAGGUAAACAGUCUGAUUCGACACUGCUGAAACAUCUUUUACAGUCUGCGUUUAACAGCAGUAGUAUAAGUUGUUUGCCUUGUCAGUGAUUUAGUGAAGGACCAGCCAGGAGGAAGCUAAAGGUGUAGGAGUUUAUUUAAACUUCCUCCAUGUUGGUGGGAACAUUUCAUUUAUCGGGUACUGAUGCUUUUACUGUUGGUCUACAUUUCCCAUGUCAGAGAACUCUGAUGUUUUCAUAGGAAAAAUAGCCAUAGCUAAUGCUCUUGGACUCUUUCUUAGCUUUAUGGAAAGACAUUAAAUGCAAAUGUAUACAUAUUUUAGGUGCGUGAAGUAGUGCUCAGUUGGGAAUAGACUUUUUUAAAUUUAACAGUAGACUGGGUGAUCAGUUCGCACAUUUAAUCUUUGCCUUCAGAACUGUUGGCAACUAACAAAGCAUACUUUUUAAAGCACAAAUAAUGUAAUUCUUCCCAUAUGGACGUAGUUCCAGCACUGUUGACUUUGCACUACCGAUCUAUCAGCACUUAAUUCAUUGGUUCUACCGCCUACAGUGACACUUUAUACUCUACCACUACAUUCUUUGAUAUUGAUGAGCUUAUGAAAAGGGUGCAUGCAGCAAGUCAUUUCACACUAUCGGAUACUCAUGUUUCAUGUUCUUUUUUAAUAUUUUAGCAGACAUCUUUAGGCUUUGAGUUCCAAUAAUAUAACAAGCGUUUGUAGGAGAAAAAGUGCCAAAAUCAAAGAAACUGUGGAAGUAUUGAAAAUGCAUCUCGAGGAAUGGUCAUUCAUAGUUUUGAAUCUUUUACAUCUUCAUCUUGACAAUCUUAAAUCUUGAAAUCCUUUAACGAUAGAGCUCUGCACUUCUGGAUAUAAUUAGUGAAAAGAGAACAGUGCAAUUUCUAGGGCAGUUAACUCAACUAAAGGAUGACUUUAAAGCAAGGGGAAAAGAGGAAACACCCCUUUAUCAUCAUGUGUACCUCCACAGUUUCUUUCAGAUUAGCUGUGCAGUAUUUUGUAAAGCAGAAUGUCGUAUUUCCCCGCGCUUCUUCGCAGAGGAAGUAGACCUGACCGUCAGUUAUGCAACACCUGUGUUUUGUUGUGUAUCGUUCAGUUGAUGUAUGCCUAUGUCACUAUGUAGUUAUGGUCUGUGUAGUGUUUGUCACAUUAUAUUUGACCUUCUGUUACUUUAAGUGUUCAUUCUCAUUGUGAUUUGUGAGGCAGAGGGAGGCGGUAUGUGUGAAAAGCAACAGCACGUGUUUUUUUGUGUGUGUUUUUGUUCCAGCCCAUCGGAAACACACCAUGCACAACACACGGGACUGAAAACCCCUCAGGAGACCCUGGACUGAGAGUAAAAAAGACUUGAAUGAUGCAACCGGGGUACAAGAAAUGGUUUAAAAAACUCUGUCAAUAUAUAGAGUACAAAAUAUUCCAGUUAUGUUAUUGAGUUUUAGCCACCAAAGAUGAAGCAGAAUUCUGUUUAAAUAAAGAAAGAAAUUUAAGAUUGUUUAGUUUUACCAAGUUUGAAGCAUUUAUCAUUUUAAAUAUUAAAGAGGGUUUUUGUUUUAAUUUGGUUACUGAGCUAAAUAGCAGUAGCUAUGCAUAAAGAAAACAUUAAACAUGUGAAACUUAAAAGAAAUAUGCUAUAAAGUAAUGUUUUUGGAAGUAAAUAGCAUCGUCAGCAGUGUGUCUUCAACAUCUCUAAUGUGUGAGUGACUGUAGAAAGUUAUCUACCUCAAGGAGUCACUGAGGCUCGGCUGAAGAAAUAAAAGCUUGUUCAAUCGCAUUUCUCUUUUCAAACUGAUGUUCCGUGUCGAGUCGACCAGCAGAACUGUGUGUAUGUGCGUGGAUGUUUGUGUGUCUCUCUGUGCAUACUGUCCGAAGGUGAAGCUGGUGUUGUGUGAAGUGUUUCUGCUGUCGUCCGGCUCAGCCGACAGGCCUCACAGGACGGGACAGGACGGCACACAUGUAGAGGAAGGUAGCCCUGUAAAUUGUAUUUGUGCCUCUCUGAGUAAUUAUUAAAAGUGCUGAAAUAAA